AUCCUCGGUGAAGAAUUGGACAGCUGCAAUAUAAAGCUGUUGGAAUUAGAUGCAUCAGUCCAGGACUUUGCAGAACAGAACGUGACACUGGCUAAGCAGCUGUCUAACAGGAUAGGGAAACUCACUGCGUUGCACCAACAGACCAUACGGCAGGCUGAGUACAGAGCAGCCAAGCUCAGUCAGGCGGCUUCACACUUGGAAGAAUACAAUGAGAUGCUGGAAUUCAUAUUGAAAUGGAUUGAGAAAGCAAAUAUCCUACUGCAUGGUAGUAUAACAUGGAAUUCUUCCUCGCAACUUCGUGAUCAGUUUAAAGCUUACCAGACUAUGCUUGAUGAGUCUGGAGAGAUUCAUGGUGAUCUUGAGGCCAUGAGUGAGAGGAUUGAGUAUCUGGCAAGUGUAUACUGUACUGAAGGAAUGUCACAGCAAGUGCUGGAACUGGGGCGACGGACAGAGGAAUUACAGCAAGUUAUCAAAAUGCGGUUACCAAGUCUCCAAGAUGCUGCCAAGGACAUGAAGAAAUUUGAAGUUGAGCUUAGAACAUUGCAGGCUGCUCUGGAGCAAGCCCAAGCCACACUGACCUCUCCAGAGCUUGGACAUUUGAGUUUGAAGGAGCAACUUUCUCACAGACAGCAUCUGUUGUCUGAAAUGGAAUCACUAAAGCCAAAAGUUCAUGCUGUGCAAGUCUGUCAGAGUGCCCUGAGGAUUCCUGAGGAGGUGGUCACUGGCCUGCCCAUGUGCCACAGUGCCCUCCGGCUCCAGGAGGAGGCCAGCCGCCUGCAGCACAUGGCCAUUCAGCAGUGCAACAUCAUGCAGGAAGCAGUGGUUCAAUACGAGCAAUAUGAGCAGGAAAUGAAACUUUUACAGCAAAUGAUAGAGAGUGCCCAUUGUGAGAUCCAAGACAAGCCAAUAGCAACCAGCAACAUCCGGGAACUCCAGGUCCAGAUUUCACGUCAUGAGGAGCUGGCUCAGAAGAUCAAAGGAUACCAAGAGCAAAUUGCUGCUUUGAAUUCGAAGUGCAAGAUGCUGACAAUGAAAGCAAAACAUGCCACCAUGCUGCUGACAGUGACAGAAGUGGAGGGGCUUUCAGAGGGAAUGGAGGAGCUGGAUUCAGACUUGCUCCCAGGACACCCUGCUCACCCCUCGGUGGUUAUGAUGACUGCUGGUCGCUGUCACACGCUGCUCUCCCCUGUCACUGAGGAGUCUGGGGAGGAGGGAACCAACAGUGAGAUUUCUUCUCCACCUGCUUGUCGCUCUCCCUCACCUGUGGCUAAUACAGAUGCUUCUGUUAACCAGGACAUUGCUUAUUACCAAGCCUUAUCUGCUGAACAGUUGCAGACAGAAGCUUCUAAAAUUCAACCCAGCACUUCAGCCACCCAGGAGUUUUAUGAACCAGGUUUAGAAUCAGCUGCUAGUGCCAAAUUAGAUGAUUUGCAGCGUUCUUGGGAAACACUGAAAAAUGUGAUCAGUGAAAAGCAGCGCACCCUUUAUGAAGCUCUUGAGCGGCAACAGAAAUAUCAGGACACACUCCAGUCUAUAUCCACAAAAAUGGAGACCGUGGAGAUCAAAUUAAAUGAGAGUUUGGAGCCAGCCAAAAGCCCAGAGAGCCAGAUGGCUGAGCAUCAGGCUUUGAUGGAUGAGAUUUUAAUGUUACAAGAAGAAAUCUCUGAGCUUCAGACCUCGUUAGCCCAGGAGCUGGUUUCAGAACCACUGGAUGCAGAAGCUGCAGAUCAGUUGGCAUUGCAGUCCACUCUCACAGUGCUGGCAGAACGAAUGGCCACAAUUCGAAUGAAGGCAUCAGGAAAAAGACAACUAUUAGAGGAAAAACUGAAUGAGCAGCUGGAAGAACAGCGGCAAGAGCAAGCUCUUCAAAGGUACCGUUGUGAAGCUGAUGAGCUUGACCACUGGCUACUGAGUACCCGAGCAACACUGGACACUGCUCUGGUUACUACUGAGGAACCUAUGGACAUGGAAGCACAGCUGGUGGACUGUCAGAACAUGCUGGUUGAAAUAGAGCAGAAGGUGGUAGCCUUGUCAGAGUUGUCUGUGCACAACGAGAACUUGCUUAUGGAAGGGAAGGCUCACACCAAGGACGAGGCAGAACAGCUGGCUGUGAAGCUCAGGACGCUGAAGGGCAGCCUUCUGGAGCUGCAGAGGGUGCUCCACGACAAACAGAUCAACAUUCGGGGAUCAUUACAAGAAAAGGAGGAGAGCGAUUUGGACUUUGUUUCUUCACAGAGCCCCAGUGUCCAAGAAUGGCUGGCACAAGCAAGAACCACUCGCUCACAGCAGCAGCAGAGCACCCUGCAGCAACAGAAAGAGCUGGAACAAGAGCUAGAAGAGCAGAAGAAUCUGCUUCGGUCAGUAGCAUGCCGUGGAGAAGAAAUCCUAACACAGCAAAGUGCCCCAGAAGGCUUGGGUAUAAGUGAGAAGCCCAAUAUGCUGUCUGAGGAAUUAGGCUUGGAAGCUGAGAAGCCAUCACCUGAAGGACAGAUGAAGGUGAAAUGGGAAAGCAUGAACCAGGAAUUCAAUACCAAGCAGAGACUGCUUCAGAAAGCUUUGGAACAAGAACAGCUGCAGCUUUACAGCAGACCAAACAGACUGAUAUCUGGAAUACCUUUGUAUAAGGAGGAAGGACAGGAUGAAGAUAAAUCUGCAGUGUCACCAGUGUUGGUUGAAUUGAACCAGGCCUUUAAGGAUGCGUCACCUGAGGCUGGACGAGUGGAGGAGAGCCUGCAUCUCGAACAGAAGCUGUAUGAUGGUGUCGCAGCCACCUCCUUGUGGCUGGAUGGUGUGGAAGAACAGGUCUUUGUUGCUACGGCUCUGGUGCCAGAGGAAGAAACAGAAACAUACCUCUGCAAGCAAGAGUCUCUUGCCAAGGAAAUCAAAGACAUAACGGAAGAAAUGGAUAAGAACAAGAAUUUAUUUGCUCAGCUGUUUCCUGAGAAUGGUGAUAACAGGGAUAUUAUAGAUGACACUUUGGAUUGUCUCCUGAGAAGAUUGACCUUACUGGAGUCAGUAGUAAAUCAGAGAUGCCAACAGAUGAAAGGACGGCUCCAGCAAAUCGUGACUUUCAAGAAUGAUCUGAAGCUCCUAUUUACAUCAGUGGCUGAUAACAAAUACUUAGUUCUACAGAAACUAGCAGAGGCAGUCGAGAGACCAGAAACAGAACAAAUGGAGGUCAUUCGGCAGGCAGAGGAAGGUUUGAAGGAACUAGAUGCUGAAAUCAAUGAAUUAAAGAAGCGUGUAGACAAGCUACAGAUUGACCAAUCUUCUGUGCAAGAGCUGUCUAAGAUCCAGGAAAGCCAGCUGCAGUCUGAGAGGAGGUACUUUGCUGUAGCACAGGCUGGUCAUAGGGAUACUGGUUCAUUAGUUUCUGGAUGUCUUGUCUUGGUCAAAAGAAUGGGCUUGCCCUCAAAAUCAGACGACAAGUAUGAUGAGCUGAUGAUGAUCGUUGCAUCCAGACGGAGUGACCUGAACCAGAAUCUGGCUCUUAAGAGGCAGUAUGAACGGGCUUUGCAGGACCUGGCAGACCUGGUAGAAACAGGUCAGGAGAAGAUGGCUGGUGACCAGAAAAUGAUUGUGGCUUCUAAGGAAGAGGUUCAAACACUACUUGACAAACAUAAGGAGUAUUUUCAGGGAUUGGAGUCUCACAUGAUCCUGACGGAAACACUCUUUAGAAAGAUGAGUAGCUUUGCCCUUUUGAAGGAAACUCGGUCGCAUUCAGAGCUAAUGACACAAGCUUCAGCUGUAUUAAAGCUGGCUCAUAAACGAGGUGUGGAGCUGGAAUACAUUCUAGAGACCUGGAUGCAUCUGGAUGAAGAUUACCAGGAACUUACCAGGCAGCUGGAGUCUGUUGAGGGUAACAUUCCCACUGUUGGUUUGGUAGAAGAGACAGAGGACAGGCUUGCAGACCGGAUUACACUUUUUCAGCAUCUGAGAUCUAACCUGACUGAAUACCAAGCUAAAUUAUACCAAGUGCUAGAUGAUGGGAAAAGGCUCCUUUUUUCUGUUAGCUGCUCAGAUCUCGAAAGUCAACUGAACCAACUAGGAGAACGCUGGUUAAGUAACAGCAGCAAGGUUACUAAGGAGCUUCACAGGCUGGAGACAAUACUAAAGCACUGGACAAGGUACCAGAGUGAAUCAAAUGAAUUGACACAUUGGUUACAAUCUGCAAAGGAGCAACUUGAGUUUUGGAGCCAGCAGUCUUUGACAGUUCCUCAAGAACUGGAAACAGUCCGAGAUCAUUUGAACUCCUUUUUGGAGUUUUCGAAAGAGGUGGAUGCUAAAUCAUUACAGAAAUCUUCUGUCCUGAGUACUGGGAACCAGCUCCUCAGGCUGAAGAAGGUGGAUACAGCAACACUGCGUGCAGGAUUGUCCCGCAUUGACAGUCAGUGGACAGAGCUGCUCACACAAAUCCCAGCAGUACAAGAGAAAUUGCACCAGCUCCAGAUGGACAAAAUUCCGUCUCGUCAUGCUAUCACUGAAGUUAUGAGCUGGAUUUCCCUGAUGGAAAAUGUCAUACAGCAGGAUGAAGAGACUAUAAAAAAUGUAGUAGGACAGAAAGCCAUUCAGGAUUAUGUCCAGAAGUACAAGGGCUUCAAGAUAGAUUUAAAUUGCAAACAACUGACAGUAGAUUUUGUGAACCAAUCAGUGCUACAGAUUAGCAGCCAGGAUGUUGAAAGUAAGCGUAGUGACAAAACUGAUUUUGCAGAACAGCUUGGAGCAAUGAACAGACGCUGGCAGAUCCUGCAAGGCCUGAUAACAGAAAAGAUCCAGCUGUUGGAAAGUCUAGAAGAAUCCUGGACAGAAUAUGAAAAUAAUGUGCAGUGCCUAAAAACUUGGUUUGAAACACAAGAGAAGAAGCUGAAACAGCAACAGAAGAUUGGAGACCAGGCUUCAGUACAGAAUGCUUUGAAAGACUGUCAGGAAUUAGAAGAAUCUAUAAGAACAAAGGAAAAAGAAGUAGAAAAUGUAGAACAAAGUGGUCUUUCUUUGAUAAAGAACAAGAGCGAAGAAGUCUCUUCUGCUGUUAUGAGUACAUUGCAAGAAAUUAACCAUUCCUGGGCCAAUUUGGAUCACAUGGUUAGCCAGCUGAAGAUAUUGUUGCAAUCUGUUCUUGAUCAGUGGAGCAUUUACAAAGUGGCUUAUGAAGAAUUGAAUAGUUACCUGACAGAAGCCAGAUAUUCUUUGUCCCGUUUUUAUCUUCUUACUGGUUCUCUGGAAGCUGUGAAAGUGCAAGUUGAUAACCUUCAGAGCCUACAAGAUGAAUUGGAAAAACAAGAAAGUAGCUUACAGAAAUUUGGUUCUGUGACCGAUCAGUUGUUGAAAGAAUGUCAUCCACCAGUGACUGAAACACUUACCAACAAUUUGAAAGAAAUUAAUAUGAGGUGGAGCAACCUUCUGCAGGAGAUUGCAGAGCGGCUGCGUGCCAGUAAGGGCCUCCUUCAGCUGUGGCAGAGGUACAAGGACUGUUACCAGCAGUGCUCUUCCACAAUCCGUCAGCGGGAAGACCAGACCAACGAACUCCUGAAGGCUGCCACCAGCAAAGACAUUGCUGAUGAUGAAGUUACUACUUGGAUUCAAGACUGCAAUGAUGUGCUUGCAGGUUUGAAGACAGCACAGGAGUCACUGGUCGUUCUUCAAGAACUGGGAGAGGAGCUGAAAAGCCAGGUGGAGGCUUCAGCAGCAGCAGCUAUACAGUCUGAUCAUCUUUCUCUGAAACAGAACCUAUCAGCUCUAGAACAGGCUCUCCGCAAGCAACAGGCGGUACUUCAGGCUGGCGUGCUGGAUUACCAAACUUUUGCAAAGAACCUGCAAGUCCUUGAGGCCUGGUUAACAGAAGCAGAAGAAAUAUUGAAAGGACAGGAUCCUGGUCACUCAUGCCAUCUCUCAGCAAUACAGAGCAGAAUGGAGGAACUCAAGAGUCAGAUGUUGAAGUUCAGCAGCAUGGCCCCAGAUUUGGACCGUCUUAAUGAACUGGGUUACAGGCUUCCUCUGAAUGAUAAAGAAAUCAAAAGGAUGCAGAACCUGAACCGACAUUGGUCUCUGAUCUCAUCUCAGACUAUGGAAAGAUUCAG